AUGAGCAACUUUUUCAAGAUUGCACCAGAACCAGCUACAGAGCUUGGUAGGCACCGCGUUCUGUCACCAUCUGCAGCCAUUCGAGUCUCCCCUCUGGCCCUUGGAGCAAUGUCUAUUGGUGAUGCUUGGACAUCUGCGAUGGGGUCCAUGGAUAAGAAGUCUGCAUUCAAGCUGCUUGAUGCAUUCUUUGAAGCAGGUGGCAAUUUCAUUGAUACCGCGAACAAUUACCAAGACGAACAAUCAGUGACAUGGAUUGGAGAGUGGGCAAGCCAGAGGGGCAUCAGGGAUCGGCUUGUCAUUGCGACCAAAUACACUACUGACUUCCAAAGCCACCUGCUCGGGCUUGGGACAAUGCCCAAUUGUUCUGGCAAUCAUCGGAAAAGCUUGCAUAUUAGUGUGCGAGACUCACUAAGAAAACUCCAGACUGACUACAUCGACAUCUUAUACGUCCACUGGUGGGACUAUACUACGAGCAUUAAAGAGUUGAUGGAUAGCCUCCACGCGCUAGUCCACCAAGGCAAGGUCUUAUAUCUGGGGGCGUCAGACAUGCCUGCCUGGGUGGUUAGUGCAGCCAACACGUACGCUAUGCAAGAGGGCAAGACGCCAUUCAGUGUGUAUCAGGGACGAUGGAAUGUGAUGCUGCGAGAUUUUGAAAGAGAUAUUAUUCCAAUGGCACGCAUGUUUGGCAUGGCCCUAGUGCCUUGGGGCGUAUUAGGUGGAGGAAAGUUCCAGAGCAGAAAAGCUCUUCAAAAACGGCACGAGGAUGGAGAGGCUCUGCGCUCAUUUACAAGCUCUAGUGCACAGAGCACAGAAGAAGAAAACGUCAGUGAAGCACUAAGCAACGUUGCACAACAACACAGCAUCGAGUCAGUUACGGCCAUUGCACUCGCGUAUGUGCUUCACAAAGCAGCCAACGUUAUCCCUUUGGUCGGCGGGAGAAAGGUGGAACAGCUGGAGGAUAAUAUUCAAGCUCUGAGCAUCAGACUCACUGAGGAGCAAAUCAAAUAUCUUGAGAGUGUCACCUCUUUUGAUAUUGGAUUCCCGCAUAACUUCCUCGGACCCGAUCCAAACAUAACUGGGCGGUCGCAUCGCUUGGAGCGUUGCUCCAUACUUGGGUUCCCAAACGCCCACAAAGAAACAAGCAUUUAG